UCCAACAUCAAACGACAUGAUGAAUUAAACUGAAAGAAGCAACUUUUGGCACCAAAAUCAGAUACAAUUUGUCAUGGUUUCAAAUUUCAUAAAUGGAGAAAAAUUGCCUGAUUAAUAUUUCAUUUCUGUCAUAACUGUUUAGACCCAAAUAAGAUAUGAAUACUGAUGAAUCUGAUCUAGUUGGAGACGUACUCGAUAGUUGGGAAGAACUGGAAGAUAACACGGUUCUGGACAAAAAACUAAAGGAGAUUAAGACAUCAGCAGAUGAGAAAAAGUGUCUUCCUGCACAAGGAAUGGUGACAGACAGUAGUGAUAGAACACAAUAUCAACCACAAGUUAAAAUACUAAAGAGACAAACUGAUACAGCAGCAACAUCUAAUGAUAAAAGAUCAAAUAUACCAACAAAAACUUUAGAACAAAGGGAGGCUGAAUAUGCUGAAGCAAGACUACGUAUCUUAGGACCAGCUUAUGGUAAUGGAGAUGGCAAUGAGGAGGAGCCUCAGGAGAGGAGUCCAGAGGAAAGAGUUACACAGCUGUUCAAAGACUUAAACACAAAUAAUAAUUGUGUUGAAGUAUUACGUCAACCUAAAGGUCCAGAUGGAACAGCAGGAUUUGAUUUCCAGAGAUAAUAAAUCAUGAACAAAAGGAAGAGACAUAGAAGUGCCAAAAUCAGUCAAAACACAAACCUCUUUGUUAUAUUUCAUGUUUUGAAACCUUUUUUAAGUGUUCAAUUUAUAUUUAUAUCCUUGAUUUUUGUAAAAUGAUUGAAAAUUUAUUUUUUGACAGCAGUACAUGUUUGUACGAUCAUUUGCUGCAUAUUUUUAAAAAGGGAAUGUUAUUGUUUCAUGUGUUGAAUAUGUAAUUGCUGCAAAACCUUAACUUUAAGAUUCACAAUGAUUUAGUGAAAUCACAAAUUGUCAGAAAAAAAUUAAAGGAUUACAAAGAAUGGCUGAUAUGAGACUAACAGGGCCGAGGUUUGACAUCGAGCUAAGGUCCAAGAAUAACAAAAAGCUGAACAAAGGUUCCAAAAGAAGGAAAGAGAGAGAAAAUCAAUCCAGUCAUGCUGGUUCAUUGAUAUGCACACAUCAGAUGUUAUACAAAUAUAUAAAUAUGGUACAUUUAUAUUCAUGAAAAUCCACCCCUAAUGACAUUUCAAUGUUAAGAGGUAUUUUUUUUAAAGAGCAUUUGAACAUUUGUACACUGAUAGUCAUUUAAUAUGACAUAAUAUGAGUGUCAAAGUACAAGGUCUCUGUGUGCCAAUUUUACACACAGUGUGCCAAGAUAUGGGUUUAGGUUCUCCAGGUAAUUGUAGCCUAAAGUUUAUACUUAAUUUGUAAAAGAUUUUAGGCCAAUCAUAUAUAUUUUUUAGUUAUUUGACAUAGAUUCUACAUUUUCUAGUAUAUUUUGUUGCAGGUUAAAAAUGAAUUUUUAGAUUACAUAGAUUUGAUGUUAAAAAAGAUUUAGUCUUGCCUAGGACAACAAUUGUAAAAAAAAGACAAAAGGAUUCAAUAUUUUGAUAGCUUCUGUGUUGUCAAAUAUUUAGUUUCAGUCUGUGUUAAGUUUUUUGAUGCAUCAAUAGUUUUGCCAAACAUUGACAGAAUUUUUUACGAA